AUGUCUGGUGGUGUCGACUCUUCUGUUGCCGCCCAUCUGUUGCUGCAGGCGGGUUAUCAGGUCGAGGGUCUGUUCAUGAAAAACUGGGAUGAAGACGAUGGCACCGAAUACUGUACAGCGCUGCAAGAUCUGGCAGAUGCACAAAAAGUCUGUGACACUCUGAAUAUCCCGCUGCAUACCGCAAAUUUUGCGGCAGAGUACUGGGAUAAUGUUUUUGCGGACUUCCUGCAGGAUUACAAAGCAUUGCGUACGCCGAACCCGGACGUAUUGUGUAAUCGGGAAAUCAAAUUCAAGCAGUUCGUAAACUAUGCGGAACAUCUGGGCGGUGACUGGAUAGCAACAGGACACUACGCGCGUGGCACCUACGAUAACGGCACCUUUGCACUGCGCAAAGGUAUCGACGCGAGUAAAGAUCAAAGUUAUUUUUUGCAGGCUGUGCCCUCCUCCCAGUUACGUAAAUGUCUUUUCCCGUUAGGCAACUGGCAGAAGCAGGAUAUUCGCGCGAUGGCCGCUGAGCUUGGAUUGCACAACCACGCCCGCAAAGACAGCACCGGCAUCUGUUUUAUCGGCGAACGACGUUUUGCGGAUUUUCUUAAACGUUAUAUCGAAGACAACGCCGGUCCCAUGGUGGAUGAGAACCGUCGUCUCAUCGGCGAACACCGAGGCUUGCAUCAAUAUACGCUGGGGCAGCGCCAGGGUUUGAAUAUCGGUGGUGUAAAGGGCCGGUCCGAGGCGCCCUGGUAUGCGGCGGGCAAGCAGCCCGCCACCAAUACGCUUGUGGUUACACAAGAUCCCAAGGUCCUGGAGGGCAGCUGGCUACGCGCAGGUGAUGUGAACUGGCUAGCUUGCGUGAGCUUUCCGUUGGCCUGCCACGCCAAAAUUCGUUACCGCCAGGCAGAUCAGGCGUGUGUUGUCUACCCGGCAGCAGACGGGGAUUUGUUGGUAAAGUUUGCCGAGCCACAACGCGCCAUAACGCCAGGCCAGUUUGUCGCUUUUUAUAAUGGUGACAUUAUGCUGGGCGACGGUCGUUACCGCAGCAAAGUAGAGCCGUUGGCAAAAUUAACCAGCGAAUUUGGACUGAUGCGUUACCGCGUCGAAGUGGAAUGCCGAUGGUUUGUGUUUCUCAGCCAUCACAGCGAUAUCCUGGAACUGCCUGCUUUAAGCGCCCAGGACGAGAAAUUUGUGGUCGAUAUCAUCGAGGGUUUUGAUCUGCAGGCUGCCCAGGCCAUCAAAGACUUUGAAGCAACCACCAACCACGACGUUAAAGCAGUUGAAUACUACGUUAAAGCGCAACUCAGCCAGAAUGAUGCCCUGGUGCCAUACGUUGAAUGGAUCCAUUUUGGCUGCACAUCUGAAGACAUAAACAAUGUCGCUUAUGCUUUGAUGGUGAAACAAGCUCGUGAGCAGGUGCUGGUUCCACAGAUGAUGAAGCUUGUGCAAACCCUUGAUGGGCUCGCCGUUGAACAUGCGGAGCUGGGGAUGUUGUCUCGCACGCAUGGCCAGAGCGCAUCACCGACAACCUUGGGCAAAGAGUUCAAAAACGUUGCUGUUCGCAUGUUAAGACAGGUGCGACACUGCCAGCAGACGGUUAUUCUGGCAAAGUUUAAUGGCGCGGUAGGUAACUUCAACGCCCACCUGAGUGCCUACCCCGAGUGUGACUGGGCUGCGCUCUCAGCGAAUUUUGUUGAAAGUCUGGGUUUGACCAAUAAUCCCUGGACAACGCAAAUUGAGCCUCACGACUAUCUCGCGGAACUGUUCCAUACCCUGACCCAAUUUAAUCAGGUGUUACUCGAUUUCAAUCGGGAUAUGUGGAGCUAUAUCGCUAUUGAGUAUUUCACCCAGCAGAAAGUUGAAGGCGAAACCGGGUCAUCGACAAUGCCGCACAAGAUAAAUCCCAUCGAUUUUGAAAAUUCUGAGGGUAACCUCGGCCUUGCCAAUGCACUGCUCGAACAUAUGGCUAACAAAUUGCCCGUGUCCCGAUGGCAAAGAGACCUGUCUGACUCCACAGUACUACGUAACAUCGGUUCAGCCUUCGCCCAUUGUCUGAUUGCCUAUCAGGCGACACUCAAAGGAUUGUCCCGUUUGCAGGUUAACAGCCAGGCGAUUACGCGCGAUCUGACAAGCAGUUGGGAGGUGUUAGCCGAACCUGUACAGACAGUCAUGCGUAAAUAUGGUCUCAGUGAACCCUAUGAAAAACUAAAGGCUGCGACCCGUGGCCAACAGAUUGAUGAAGCUGUAUACCGGCAAUUGAUUGAUACCCUGGACCUGCCGCCUGUGGCCCGGGAGGAGCUGCGCGUAUUUACUAUGGCGCUCGAUGUGCACGUUGUUACCGCCUCCUGGGAUCAGCAUAAACAAACAUUGCGAUCGAUCCGCGAAGACGUAUUUAUCGUUGAACAGGAAGUUCCGCGCGAGCUUGAGUGGGAUGAUGAGGAUGAAACAGCGACGCAUUUUCUGGCGGUGAACAGUCUGGGUCAGUUUAUUGGUUGUGCACGUUUGCUGAAAAGUGGUCAGAUUGGGCGUAUGGCGGUGCUCAAGUCACAUCGCGGCAAAGGCAUUGGAAAUGCGCUAUUGGAAGCGGCGGUAACCGCGGGUAAGGCUGCUGGUUUUGAGCGAUUGUUUUUGCAUGCACAGAGUUAUGCAGAACCCUUUUAUCGUCAGGGGGGAUUUUUGCCUUAUGGACAAGCGUUUACUGAAGCAGGCAUUGCGCACAUUGCCAUGGAAAUGAAAUUACCGUUGCCGUUUGAACCGCCUGCAGAUCUGCCCGCUAAGAAAGUGUCACCUGAUUCAGGGCAUACAGCCGAUCCGCCAACCCGUUCGGUCAGCAAAGCGGAUUUUUUUGAAGGUUACAGCGACUGUUUACAGGCAUUGGAACGGGUGAUCGCAAGUGCCCGACGUCGCCUGUUGAUAUUGAGUCCUUAUCUGGACCACGAGUUGUUUGACCGGGAACACAUUGCCCAAGCCGUUUCAGCACUUGCGCGCAGCGCACCCCGGGUGGAAAUCGAAAUACUGAUCUUCAACAGUCAACUGAUGGUUGAGCGUGGCCACAGAUUGCUGGAACUCGCGCGCAGGUUGGAUCAGAAAAUAACCAUACGUUUGCUGGAUGAAACACCGACGGGUACAUCGUCCAGCUUUGUCUGUGCUGACCUGGAUGCAUACUGGCUACUGCCGAGUUUUGAGAAGCACCAGGGUAUUGCGGAUCUCAAUAAUCCUGUAACAGUAAAACGGCUGAAUGAAACUUUUGCAGAAGCCUGGCGUAAAAGCAGAGAAGAUCCUAAUUUGCGUCUGCUGCGGAUCUAA